AUGUCUGCAGUAAAGAACUGGCAAACCACAAGACCCACCAUCAGCGAAAGAGCCAAGUUUUUGCUCAACAACAAUCACUUGAGUGAUGCUAAGUUUGUUGCGCUGCAACGUGGCGGCGAAAACGAAAGUAAGAAAGCGAUUCCAGCUCACAAGUUUAUUCUGGCGAUUAGCAGUCCAGUGUUUGAAGCAAUGUUUUUCGGUGAACUGGCAGAGACUAAAGAGACUAUUGAACUGCCUGACUGUGAGUAUGGGAGUCUGUUGGAGUUGUUUCGCUAUAUGUACAGCGAUGAAGUGAACUUAAGCGGACGUAAUGUGAUGGGAGUGCUGUACUUGGCUAAGAAAUAUCAGGUCUCUUCACUCUUUGAUAAAUGCACGGAAUAUUUGCAACUUAACUUAGAUCCGUCGAAUGUCCUUAGCAUCCUACUCACUGCACAAAGAUAUGAAGAGAAAGAUCUCAUUGAUCGAUGCUGGGAAGUGAUCGACAGUGGGGCAGAAUUUGCUGUGAAAUCCGAUGGAUUUGAGACGAUUGAGAGGUCUUUACUUGAAUCAGUGGUUGCACGUGCAAGAAAUACUCUUGCCAUUGAGGAGGUCGAAUUAUUCAAAGCUAUUGAUACGUGGGCAGCGAAGCAGUGCCAAAAACAAGGUUUCGGAGUAAGUGGUAAAAUGAAAAGAAAGGUUCUAGGAGAACAAAUAGUCACAGCAAUACGCUUUCCAUUGAUGAAACAUAAUGAAUUUGCCACUGUCGUCCUUGAUACAAAUAUUCUUACCUGUGAUGAAAUAGUCACCUUUUUUAAGUUUUACAGUUCGACGUUGACUUCUCCUCUGGGAUUUCCAGAGACCCCAAGAAUCAAACAAGCCGCCUUUCCUCGUUGUGGCAGAUUUCAAUCAGUGUCAGAGGAAUUUUUCACUUAUAGGGGUGAUAAACAUUAUCUUUGUUUCAAAGUAGACAAAGAUGUCAUGUUACAUGGAUUACGUUUGUUGGGGAGUGAAAACAAUAAAUACACAGUUAAUUUGGAGGUAAGGGAUUGCAGCACAUACCAUUGGACGGUGAUGGUGUCCAAAAGUGGUAUAUUUACCGCAAAGGUGUUUCAAUACACAAUUUUUCCCAUACAUGGGUUUGAUGUUUUGUUUGACCCUCCUGCGCAGUUAAAGAAAGGGACGCGCUACAGACUUAGUGCAAAGAUUUCUGGUCCACCGUCUUUGGAAGGAACUGGUGGGCUAGACACUGUCCGGUCAUCCGGUGUAACAUUUAAAUUUUCUAGUGUUAAUUUUAAGGAUAACGGAACUGAUAUUUCAACUGGCCAGUUUCUAGAAUUUAUAUUUUGUGAAGUCAGGUAUUAA